AUGUUCCUUUGUCCGGCUUACUCACCACUCUUUAGCUUCUAUGGCGAUCAUGGGUUCUUCCCCGGAGAAAACGCGACUCGGGUUUAUCCCGGUCGCUGGUUGACCGAUACUCCAGUCCACUUGGACGCUCUGGAGAUCAUCACGGAGAAGGCUCGUCGGUUCUGGUGGGGUCAGCAGAUCGAACUUGCGACAAUCUCAUGGAGCUUGCUGCUGGCCGUUGAAGGAAGACGGCGUAAUAUUCCUUCUGUUUGGGCCUACCUUGCGCUGGCACAUCUCGUCAGCUUGUCUUUCGCCCAGAAUCUGUUCUAUUUGGCACUGCUUCUCACGCCAGCUCCGACCGCCGCCGGACGUCAAGAGCGCCCAACUUCCACAUUGGGACGUUUGCGCUACAGAUUGCUGCCCCCGAAGCCUGCAAGCUGGCUCCCGCACCCGGCCUUGCUCCUGGCGUCGUUCUGCACCACAUAUGUCCUGAUCUACUGGGCACCCUCAACGGCUGGCACGGCCACUUUUGCCAAGAUUGCAGUGGCCGGGCGAAUUCUUUCGUUCGCUCCCAUCGUCAUCCCUUCCGUUGUUCCAGCCAGCUGGGGAACGGUGUACGAUGACCCUCAUGGAGCUUAUGGAAUCUUCGUUGAGCUGUUUCGAUUUGUGUCUACGGCUAGCUUUGCGUUCCAUGCUAAGGAGACCGCACUUGGCCUGCUUUACAAUACGCCGGAUGCUCACUUCCACCGCCACAGUCGAUUCCUCCCGUUUGACAAAGGGAGGCGCUCGACGUGGGAGCGGACUACAACGGCGAUCGGGAAGAUUCUGGGAUCAGCAUCCGAUCAUCCUGUUGUAGCUGCUGUGGCGUGGGACGUUUUGCUCAGCGGAGCCAGCCAAGGGUUGUGGGCGGCAACACGUGGGUUGGAUUUGAACGAUAUUCUAGCCUCUGCGACUCCGUUCGUCCAGAAGGACCUUUCGAGUGCGCAGCCACCACCUAAACUACUGGAAGAAACCGAAAAGCCAGCGCCGGAAUCGGAAUUGUCCAGCCACACCGGCACCAACACCACUCGACGUAGAGGCCGCCCAUCCAAAGUCAAGUCCGAAGAGACGACAAUUUCAGAGACACCUGGGUCUAGAACCACCCGCCGAGGCCGAGCCCGAAAGCACACGGAAGAACCCGAGGAGGCACCGGAAGAUGCAUACAAGCCGAGCCCCGCGGAAAGUCGGACCGCGGUGGAGGGCGACGAGCUGCCCGAUAGCGACCUGGACUGGGAGUCCGCAGCAUUGACAUGGGGCUUGACAGCUUUGGGCGGGCUUGGAUCUAGCAGUGCUGGUGUUUUCGGAGCUGAGUGCACAUCUCGAUGA